UUGGCUCAACAACACGACCUCUUUUCUCUCUCCUCUGCGUAUCCUCUCCUCUUCCUCCCAUCGUCAACAUCUGGUUUUUCUCCGGUGACCGGUGUGUGGUGGUUCCGUUAACACCACCGCCGGUCAAAUCGUUUGUAGAUUUUCAUCCUUUAUGUCCUAGGCUUUAUCGUGUGUAUUUUCUUUGAGUUUUGGGCUGAUGUUCGUGUUGGUUCGUGAGCUUGGUGAGCUCUGCUAUUUCUCUAUGAUUUUUGUCAUGCUUAUGUCGGAACCGCGGUUCACUUGGUUAGUAGAUGUGGCUGUGGCUGUGGUAGGUUGUAGCAGCACAGAUCGUGUUUCAGAUCUAGAAAUGGAAGUUCAUCAGUUUGUGAGUCUUGCUCGUUAAAGUCUCGUCCUUUCUCAUUUUCGGUAGAGAUGUUGAAUGUCUUGAUCAGUUUAUUGAUUCUAUAUUGGGAGUGUGUCACUUGUCUUAGUAGUCUUUUUCUGGGGGUAUUGCGUCCAUUGGUUGCAGGUCGUCUGUUUCUUCUCUUGUGAGUGUGUCCCAAGAGGUUCGGUUGGCAUGGCUUCAUCUUCAUUGUGUGUUGGGAGAGCUUCUUUCUAAGGAAUUUGGACGUUUAGAUAUCCAAGGUGUGUGGACUGGUAGCGGUUCCCCUUGUCGAGUUAUGAAGUCUCUGGUUCUUGGUCUUAUCGAUUGGCGGGCGAGGCAGCAGCGAUAAGUGUGGUUUGGGUGCAGAAGUGGAGAUUAUUGGGUGGUGGGCUAUAGGCAGCAGCGGUAACUUCUGAUCAUUGGUUUUCCCUUAGCUUUAAAGUUUACUAAGUUUUCUGUUUUUCUCCUACGAAGAUGGUAACCGUUUAUUUGGUUUUAUGUUGGUGUAGAUUUAUGUUUUUUAAGUCACCCCAUUAUGGGUUUAAGUCAUCCUAGUAUGGGUUUUAGUUGCCGCUUUUUAUGGGCUCUUGGUUUUGGGGCUAUUUUGUUUUGCCGCCAGCUUUUGUAAGAAUAUUGAUAUUUCGAUUAUGAAUGUAUUUCAAUUUGGGGAAAGAAAAAAAAAACAACACUAUGUUUACAGUCCCUAGUUGAUAGAUAAUUGAUUGGUUUAAUGAACCGUUAAAUCGAGCUUUAAACCGACGGUUCGAUGGGUUUCUAUUUGUUUCCCCUGUGCUCUGCUCUGCUCUGCUCUGCUCUGGUGUGUUGAAGAGGAGUAGCUGCAGCCGAAGCUUUCAUCGAUGGCGACGAACCCGACGUUUCAGCUUUUCUCUUCUUCGAACGAUAAGUCAUCAUCCCAAGGUUUAGGGUUGUUCGAUUCACCAGAACCACCUCGUCCUCCACCGCCGCCUCCUGUUGAAGUAUUCUCCUCCGAGGUGUCUUCCUCCGUUGCUUUCUCAGUGGAUAAAGUGAAUAUCGGCCAAGUCACUCUUUUGAAGGGUCGUGUGAACACGAAAGAGGUCUUUGGAUUGCCUAACUCGGAUUUGGUUCCUGGAGUCUAUGAAGGUGGGCUUAAGCUUUGGGAAGGAUCUAUAGAUCUUGUCAAAGCUCUUGAGAAAGAAACACAAACUGGGAACGUUUCAUUCCCCAGAAAACGGGUCCUCGAGCUUGGAUGUGGUCAUGCACUUCCAGGAAUCUAUGCGUGUCUCAAGGGUGCAGAUGCAGUUCAUUUGCAGGACUUCAAUGCUGAGGUCCUUCGAUGUCUCACCAUUCCCAAUCUGAAUGCUAAUCUGUCCGAGAAGCCUCCGUCUGUCUCAGUAGGUGAUAAAGAAGUACGCUUCUUUGCGGGUGAGUGGAGUGAAGUUCAUCAGCUUCUUCCGCUAGUUAAUGAUGGCGAGACUGGUAAGAAGGGUGGUUAUGACAUCAUUCUAAUGGCUGAGACAAUAUAUUCUAUCUCCGCUCAGAAAAGUCUCUAUGAACUGAUUAAAAGGUGCUUGGCCAAUCCUAAUGGAGCAGUGUACAUGGCUGCAAAGAAGUACUAUUUCGGGGUUGGUGGAGGGACAAGGCAGUUCCUGUCUAUGGUUGAGAAAGACGGCGUUCUUGCUUCAACCUUAGUGUCUGAAGUCACAGAUGGCUCUUCCAAUGUCAGAGAGGUAUGGAAGCUUUCGUACAAGUAAGUCAAAGUUCUACCGGGAUGCAAUGUCGCCUUCUGAUCCAAAGAUUCAUCGAGUUUAGUGGGUUUUGUGUUCAAGAAAAACAAGAAAACUCAAUAUCUCAUUUAUGUUAACCUUACAGAUUAUGUUGACUUUAUCAUCAACUUGGCAUCGCCUUAGUUUUGUACUUUGAUGCAGGCUCUGGCUAAACAAAACGCUUAUGUGUUUAUGCCCUUGA